AUGGAGGACUUGACCAGGAAGCUUGUCAGUGAUGUUCAAGCUCUUAGUGACUAUAUCCGGUCUACUGGAGGUGUCCAGCCUUCGUUCGAUAGGAACACUCCAAUUACUGUCGUCCCACAUGAUGCACCUCUGGGGGCACAAGAGGCCAGAGAACGUAUCAUGGAUCAAUGCCUGAAACUCUUGCAGCUUGCAACGGGUCCCAGUGAUUACAUGAUCAAUAUACAGCCAGGAUAUCAUUACAUUGCAUGCCUGCAAUGGCUUUGCCACUUUAAUAUUUUCAGACUGGUGCCCGUGAAAGGCGAGAUCUCAUACACCGACCUAGCCAGCCUGGCAGGCACCACUGAGACUCGGCUUAAGAGCGUAGUCCGCAUGGCUAUGACGACGGGGCUUUUCCUAGAGCAGACACCGCAGCAGAUCUCUCAUUCUGCAACUUCCGCUCUGUUCGCCACAAAUGAAGACUACCACAACUGGGCUGUCUACGCGACCGAUGUGUCAGCCCCUGUCGCAGCCGGCAUGGUCGAGGCCCACAAGCGGUGGCCCUACGACAAGGAGAAGAUUCACACAGCGUACAACGUUGCGUUCAACCACGAUCUCUCUUUCUUUGGCCGGCUUGCUCAGAACCCUGCGCUCCAUAAGCAGUUUGCUGGUUACAUGAGGGCUGUCGCCACGAACCAAGGUACCCACAUGAAGCAUCUUGUGAACGGGCUAGAAUGGGGAAGCAACCCGAAAGCUACCAUUGUUGAUGUGGGUGGUUCCACCGGACAUUCGUGUAUUGCUCUCGCCCAAGCAUAUCCCGGUCUCAACUUCAUCGUGCAGGACUUGCCAGAAGUCGUCGAGGGCGGCCCUAAGAUAUUGGAGGGUGUCAACGAUGCCAGUGUUUCCAGUCGCAUCCAGUAUCAAGGGCACAACUUCUUCGAGACUAACCCGGUGAUCGGGGCCGAUGUCUACUUGCUCCGCAUGAUCUUACACGACUGGAACUUUGAAAACUGUGUCAAGAUCCUGGGGGCUAUCGUUCCGUCUAUGCGGAGCAAAUCGAGUAUCGUCAUCAUGGACAGUGUCUUGCCCGCGCCGGAAUCCGUCCCUCGGUCAAGCGAGCGCAUCAUUCGUGUGCGUGAUCUGACCAUGAUACAAGUUUUUAACAGUCAAGAGCGUGCCGUCGAAGACUGGGAGGCAAUUCUCGAGAAGGUUGACUCGACCCUCAAGAUCUCAACCAUUUCUCAACCGUUUGGAAGUGUUUUGGCAUUGAUCAAAGUUGAACUGGCUCGGUAG